AAAAAUAGAAGUGGUAGACAUGCUUGUUCGUACCAAAAUUUAUCAGCUGGGCUCAGUAGUGUCGGCCAUUUUGAAGACCUAUUUCUGCUAGAAAUGGAUUUUCUAAGAAAUUAUUUUAUAGUUUUAUUAAUAUUGUUUGUUUCUGUGUUUCAUAUAAAAUUCACAUUAGGUGGUAAUAUUUACGAAGGCAACAGCACUGUGAAAGUGGGUGAGCCUUUUUCAAUAGUGUGCCGACUGAGUCUGGCCGAGGCGGUGCACUGGCAGAGAAACAAUGUGCCGAUCGGUAGAGAGACAAAGUUUGAGAAUCCGCGGCACAGUUAUAAUCUGGACGAGCGGGAGGAGAACAACGCGGUGUUUGCGCGGUUGUCGGUUUCGGCGGCUGCUCCGGGACACGCGGGAGCCUACCGCUGCCACCCGCACCACACUCAGCCGCACCAUCUCUACGUCGAACAGGACAUUACCGAAACCCCAGAAGAAGGUAAAAUAUAA